AUGAUACUUGAUCGACAUUUACCGUAUAUCCCAUUUCCAGAAAAUACUACACCAUUAAUGUAUGCUGUACUAUUGGCUGAUAUUAAUAUCGUGAAAAUAAUUCAAGAAUCAAAUGUUGCUGAUAUUAAUGCUGCUGAAAAUGUUUCCGGGCUUACCGCUCUCAUGUUUGCUGCUAUCAUCGGAAAUUAUGAUGUUAUGGAAUAUUUGAUAAAUGUUGGUGCUGAUAUAUCAUUGAUAUCUCUUGAUGGAUUUACAGCUAUUGAUUAUGCAUUUGCUAUAGGAAAUAUAAAUGCAGAUUUACUUUGUCUAUUACAACAACCACUUGGACAUGGUACAACAACAUUAUCAUCACAACGUAUUGAUAAUCAUCAAUAUCAGCAUUUAAGUCGUGUCAUUUAUACUAGUAAAACGAAAAUU